UUUAUUCCAUUAUUAUAUUAUUAUAAAUUAAUAAAUUUAUAUAUCUCAUUUCAUUCCAUUUUUUCUUAAUUAACUUUGCGGCAAUCAUGAUUCACAGCCUAUUUUUCAUCAAUAAUUCUGGUGAUAUAUUCAUUGAAAAACAUUGGAAAAGCGUCAUACCUCGAUCUGUUUGCGAUUAUUUUCUUGAUGCACAACGUAAAGUAGAUUAUUCAUCCAAUAUUAGCCCGGUAAUUGCCACACCUCAUCAUAUAUUGAUUUCAAUUCAUCGAUCUGGAUUAUAUUUUGUUGCUGUUACUACGGGUGAAAUUCCUCCCCUAUUUGUGAUCGAAUUCCUUCAUCGUGUUGUCGAUAAUUUUAUUGAUUAUUUCAAUGAUUGUACAGAAUCUUUACUCAAAGAACAUAUUGUUGUAGUGUAUGAAUUACUCGAUGAAAUGCUCGAUAAUGGUUUUCCAUUAGCUACCGAAUCGAACAUAUUAAAAGAAUUGAUAAAACCACCGAAUUUUCUUCGUACCAUUGCAAACACUGUCACUGGACGUAAUAAUGUCAGUUCCACUUUACCAACUGGUCAAUUAUCCAAUGUACCAUGGCGUCGUUUCGGCGUCAAAUACACCAAUAACGAAGCCUAUUUCGAUGCAAUCGAAGAAGUGGAUGCCAUUAUUGAUAAAAGUGGCUCAGUAGUUUCGGCCGAAAUACAAGGAUAUAUCGAUUGCUGUGUUAAAUUAUCCGGAAUGCCUGACCUAUGUCUAUCAUUCGUGAAUCCAACACUAUUUGACGAUGUUAGCUUUCAUCCAUGCAUUCGUUUUAAACGUUGGGAAUCGGAAAAGGUUUUGUCAUUUAUACCACCGGAUGGUAAUUUCCGUUUAAUGUCCUACCAUAUUGGCGCUCAAAAUAUGGUCAACAUUCCGAUUUUUGUACGUCAUCAUAUUUCAUUCAAAGAAUUGAUCGGUGGUAAACUGGAAAUUCAAAUUGGAGCUAAACAAUUAAUGGGUAAAAAUUUAGAGAACAUAUUCAUCGAAAUGAUCAUGCCAAAAAACGUUCUUAACGUAAAUCUUGUACCGAAUCAAGGAAAAUAUACAUUUGAUUCAGUAACAAAAUUAUUGGUCUGGGAUGUUGGAAAGAUGGAAAUUCACCAAGGUAAAAGCUUGCCAACGGUUAAGGGUAAUAUCGUUCUACAAAGUGGUGCACCGAUACCAGAUUCGAAUCCAAACAUAUUAGUCAAAUUUAACAUUUCUCAAUUUGCUAUAUCCGGAUUAAAGGUUAAUCGUUUGGAUAUGUAUGGCGAGAAAUACAAACCAUUCAAAGGAGUUAAAUAUAUGACUAAAGCUGGUAAUUUUCAAGUUCGAACCUGAAAGAAACAUGACAGAAUUUACAAUGACUUAAUUGAAUUUGAAUGAUAAAAAUAAAUUUUCUAUUGAUCUAUC